CACCCCCUCGCAGGCCGCAACGAGCCCCUGAAGAAGGAGCGUCCCAAGUGGAAGAGUGACUACCCCAUGACGGACGGGCAGCUGCGCAGCAAGCGGGACGAGUUCUGGGACACGGCGCCUGCCUUCGAGGGCCGCAAGGAGAUCUGGGACGCCCUCAAGGCGGCCGCCUACGCCGUGGAGGCCAACGAGCACAGCCUGGCCCAGGCCAUCCUGGACGGCGCCAGCAUCACCCUGCCCCACGGGUCGCUGACCGAGUGCUACGAUGAGCUGGGCAACCGGUACCAGCUGCCCGUGUACUGCCUGGCGCCGCCCGUCAACCUGAUCCUGGAGCGGAGCGAGGAGGAGAGCGUGGAGCCCGUGCAGCCGCUGCCCCACGACCUGCGGGGGUAGGGGGCCUGGCAGCGCUGGUUCUUCUCCGGGAAGCUGCUCACCGACCGCACGCGCCUGCAGGACACCAAGAUCCAGAAGGAUUUCGUCGUGCAAGUGAUCGUGAACCAGCCGCUGCCGCCCAGGAACUGAGCGCCCGCCUGCACAGGCCCGGCAGAACGG